GAGCCGUUGGGGGACAGGGAGCUAUCUUAUUUAAUGUAAUUAUUUAUAUCUAUGUAAACUGCUUUGGGAACUUUUGCUGAAAAGCCGUAUAUAAAUACUUGUUGUAUUUGUAUUCACAAGUGACUUUGGGCCAGUCAUUGAUCUCUUAGCCUAACCCACCUCACAGGGUUGUUGCAGGGAUAUACAUAACCAUGAACACUGCUCUGGACUCCUCAGAGGAAGAGUGGGAUAGAAAUACAAGAAGGAAGGAAGGAAGGAAAGAAAGAAAGAAAGAAAGAAAGCAAUUCAUGCCCCAAUGCUUCCUUAUGCUUAGCUGCUAAAUGUCAACUUCGGAGUAGUUAGUUGCCAAAGUUCAAAUGUAGAGCGUGGGCUCCCUCUAGUGACCGUAACAUAAGUGAAAUUGCAGCCAAAGGUUGGGGGUGGGGGAGGCGGGGCCGCUGCCGGAAUUCCCCCUUCGAGUAGCAAGCAAGUUGGAUCCUAGAGCUCGCAGUUCCAGACAUCGAUACGGUGUCCGUGGAUGCAGGUGGUUCUACCAUGGAGCUGCGUCCCACUUUGUACCUGACUCUCCUCCUCCUUCUGUGUGAUGUCGGAUUGCUUUCCUUGCUAGAUGUGGGGCAGCCCUUUCUGGCUGCCCUGGGGGUCCCAGCCGCUUGGCUAGAGGCAGCUCUGCGCCUGCUGGUUCUCUUGGGGGCCCGGGGGCUGCUCUCUCUGGGCUGGCCCUCUCAGAUCCCCCCUGCAGCUCUGGCAACUGUGUGCCUGCUGCCCCCCGUGUACCUCUCAGUGGGGCACUUGUUUGUGGACCCACCUCUCCUGCUGUCUUCGGCCCCUUGGUCCUGGCUGCUGCUGGGCUAUGGGGCGGUGGGUCUGGCCCUCUUCCUUUGGGAGGUCCUGGGGCAGGGGGCCAGCACGGAGGAAGCCACGAAGGAAGACAAGGCCACCCUCUGGAGUUUGCUGAAGCUCUAUCGGCCGGAUGUGCUGUAUCUGGCUGGUGCCUUCAUGUUCCUCAUUUUGGCUGUCAUCGGUAAAACAUUCAUCCCUUAUUACACAGGACGUGUGAUUGACAUCUUGGGCAGCAAAUACGACUCCGAGGCCUUCUCUGUUACCAUUGUCCUCAUGUGUCUGAUGUCUCUUGGCAGUUCUCUCUCUGCUGGCUGCCGUGGGGGGCUCUUCAUGUUUUCCAUCUCCCGGAUGAUCAUCCGGAUCCGUGGCCUGCUCUUCUCUUCCUUGGUGCAGCAGGACCUGGCUUUCUUCCAGGAAGUGAAAACAGGGGAUUUGACAUCCCGUCUCUCCAAAGACACAACCAUGAUGAGCCGUUCAGUGCCGCUUAAUGCCAACAUCUUCUUGCGUAGCCUGAUCCAGGCCAUUGGACAGUAUGGAUUCAUGUGGGGUCUGUCAUGGCGUCUGUCGCUGCUGACGCUCAUUGAGAUACCCAUCAUAUCGGCCACACAGAAGGUCUAUGAUGCCCGACACCAGGCUUUGAUGAAGGCAAUCCAGGAUUCCCAGGCACACUCUGGAGAAGUGGUGCGUGAAACCAUUUCUUCCAUUGAGACAGUGCGCAGCUUUUCCACUGAGGAGGAGGAGUCACAGCGCUACAAUGCGGCCUUGGCCGAGACCCAACGGCUCAAGAAUCAGCAAGAGCUGGAGAGAGUCUUCUACUUGCUCUUCGAACGGCUGUUUCGUUUGGCUCUGAAGCUAAUGAUGCUCUACUGUGGGUACCAGCAGAUCCGUGCCGGCCUGAUGACACAAGGGAACUUGUUCUCCUUCAUCCUCUACCAGAUGGAAGCGGGGCAGAAUGUACAGUACUUGAUGUACAUGUACGGAGACGUGCUCAGCAACGUGGGAGCUGCAGAAAAGGUGUUUGAGUACCUCCAUCGAAAGCCGUCAGUUUGCACGAAGGGAACUCUGGCUCCGGACUUCCUCCGAGGACACGUCUGCUUCCGAAAUGUUUCCUUCUGCUAUCCUUCACGCCCCGAUAUUGAAGUUUUAAAGAACGUCUCCUUUGAGCUCCACCCUGGGGAGGUGACGGCGCUGGUAGGUCUGAACGGUAGCGGCAAGAGCACCUGCGUGGCCCUGCUGGAACGGUUCUACGAGCCCCAGUCUGGGGAGAUCCUGCUGGAUGGGAUCCCCGUCCAGGGGUAUGAGCACAAAUACCUGCACAGACAGGUGGCCCUGGUGGGUCAGGAGCCCAUCCUCUUCUCUGGGUCAGUUCGGGACAAUAUCACAUAUGGGGUGCAGAACUGUAGCCAGGAAGAAGUGAUUGCAGCGGCAAAAGAAGCUCAAGCUUUGGGGUUCAUCAAUGGGCUGGAAGGAGGAUUCUCUGCAGAUGUGGGGGAGAAGGGAGGUCAGCUGUCAGUUGGGCAGAAGCAGCGCCUGGCAAUUGCCCGGGCCUUGGUCUGGAAUCCAAAGGUCUUGGUCCUGGAUGAAGCCACCAGCGCCCUGGAUGUGGAAAGCGAAUCUGCUAUCCAGAGGUUGGUGCUGAGCCACCAAGCCCGGGCGGUGCUGGUGAUCGCUCAUCGAAUGCAGGCAGUAGAGACAGCAGACAAGAUUGUGGUGCUGGAAGGCGGGAAGGUGGUCGAGCAGGGGACUCAUGCCGAGCUGAUGGGCCAGAGGGGCCCCUAUUACAGACUGGUGCAACGGAGCCAGACAGAGUAACUUGCAGACAAGGGAGACUAGUUGGGAGCAGCUAGUUAUCUCCCAAGCCUGGGUAGAACACAGUUUUUGAUUGUCGGUGAUUUCCUUGGCUACCAAAUCUUGGUCCAUUAAAUGUAGGUUUGGCAAGAUGGGUGGGUACAAGACCCAUCUUGUGGAUGAAUGGAGUGACCCAAAGAGGGAAAGAGCCCUCUGAAGUAUCCAGCACCUUGUGGGCUCUGUGCAGUGGUUAAAUAAUAGGGCUAUGAGCAGUCAGAUUUGGAGGGCUUUGGAACUGGGAUAUCUGCUGGUCCGGAUUCACCGGUAUGACUCUCCCAGGUCUUUUUAUUCUUCCUCGCAAGCCCUGCUUUCAGUCCCACCACUAACACAGAUCUGGUUGGCGGGGGCUAGAGAUGGGGCUUUAUCAGCAUCUGUGUUUUACAAAGCCAAUUAGGGUGGCAGCAGACCUCCCUGCUGCCCCAUUGCCCUCUUCUGGAUAUGACUGGAAGUCGCCCACACACAUUGCGCGCACCCGUGCUGGUGCACACAGGUGCACUGACGACUUCUGGUCAUAUCCAGAAGACGAGGGCAACAGGGUGGCAGGGAGGUACGCUGCUGCCCUGAUUGGCUUUGUAAAACACGGACACCGGUGGGGGGAAAGCGGCGGGAAGGGUAAGUGCAACCCCCCCCCACUUAAAGAGAGAACCCUGCCGCCUUCAAACCAGCAGAACUGCCUAUUCUUCGAACCGGUUCCGUGCACAUCCCUCACACACACACACACCCCUACCUGCCUGGAGGGGGCUGUUGCUGUAUGCUGAUAUCUCAUGAGGCUCAGUUUUUGUUCAUGUGGGACAGGGCCUUCUCUAUGGUUGCACCAAGGCUGUGGAAAUCUGUCCGUAAAGAGACUUCUUCCCUCAUUCUCCACCUGGCCUUCUAUAGGCAACUAUUCACAUGUAUCUUUGAAGAACAGGAACACCUUUUGUAUGGCUGUAUAUUUUGUGGUGUGUGAUGAAGAUUUAAACAGUAUUAGUUGUGUUUUGCAUUUUAAAAUUAAUGUUAUAAUUUUGUUUUAAUAAAUUGUAAACCACCA